AUGAGCAAGGGCUUCCAGGUACCUCCAGAAAAAUUCUAUCUGGUUGAUGGAGGGUAUGCAAAUACUACAUCUUUCCUUGCUCCAUACAGAGGAGUUUGGUACCAUUUGAAAGAAUUUGGGGCUGGACAUCGAAGACCACAGAACCCAAAGGAGCUUUUCAACCACCGCCACGCACUACUUAGGAACCAUGUGGAGAGGGCUUUGGGCGUGCUUAAGAAGUGCUUCCCCAUUCUCAAAGUUGCCACAUUCCACAUGUUGGAAAACCAAGUAAAGAUACCUAUAGCUGCUGCCAUCUUCCACAAUCUAAUCCGAUUACUUCAUGGAGAUGAGGAAUGGUUAGAUCAUCAGCCGGAUAAUAUCAACCCAUCAAACUUUGUUGCUCUACCAAAUGGUGAUCAAAUCAAUGACCCAGGAAUUGCACAAGGCAAUGCUUUAAGAGAUACCAUCGCCCAAGAAAUGUGGGCUCAGUACUAG